AAUGCUUCAUGUUGGCUUUUUAAAGUGCUGGACGCAAGCAGUGAGCCGUCAUGCCGUCUGAAUUAGAAAAGGCCAUGGAGUCCCUCAUCAUGGUGUUCCACCAGUAUGCUGGGAAAGAAGGGAGCCCUGGCACCCUGACCCGUCGAGAGCUCCGAACUCUGAUGGAGAAUGAACUAGCUGGGUUCCUCAAGUCUCAGAAAGACCCGACCACAAUAGACAGAAUUAUGAGAGAUCUGGAUGCCAAUGGGGAUGGAGAGGUGAACUUUGAGGAGUUUGUGUCUCUCGUAUUGGGUCUAUCCAUCGCCUGUGAGGAGUGCUACAGGAUGAAAUUAAAGAAGACACGAAGCUGGAAAUGAACAGAGGGGAUUAUAAAGAGGAAAAUGAUUAACUCUGACAAAUUACAAUAUUGAUCCUGUUAGCUAUUAAAAUAACUGUGUUUUGUCCUAUGAGUUCGGAUUGGUGUUUGUGCAUUGAGAAAGAAGGAAGAGGGAUAGAUAUGAACAGUAUCGUAUGAGAACCAUAAAAACACUUUUGCUGCCAAAGUACAAUGGGUGUGUAUGACUAUGUGCUCUUUGCCCUACACACAGUAUUCUUCAAGCUUCAAGUGUACUCCUUGUGUUUAAAGCUCAAUUUAAAGCUUUUUAUUUUAGCCUAAAAUCUUCUGAAUCUUCAUGUGCAGAGCUUUCAUUACUAUGAAAUACUACAAAUAUUGAAAUCCUCGGUUUGGAUAUCUGGGAAUUAUGUUUAGUAAUGAGUAAAAUGUAGAAAUUAUAUAGAUGGAAAGGAUUCCCCAACUGUUUAUUUUUAGGCCAGAUGGGUGGAGAGAGAAAACCGAGUAUUAUUCAUACUAUAUAAUUGUAUAGUCCCUGCGGUGUCAUAUCUCUCUCUCUCUCUUUCAGUGUGUGUGUGUGUGUGCUGCAUGGACACAAUACUCUACUCUUGUCUUUACACUUGGGUGUGUCCUGCAGUUUAGCAAACCACUGUUAAUGGUUACAAUGCAAACACAAGUCUGCUUGGUUACUGGCAGUUGUACCCCAUGUGUAAAUCCACUCACAUGUUCCAGACAUUUUGGGGUCAUAAUUUCAUUUAAGCUAUCGAGACAUAUUUGUCCUAUGUUGCAGUUAGUCAGAGCAAGCAAAACUCUUCCAUAUAAUAAACCAUUAAUUUGGUGGAA